AUGGAAUUCGUAAAGCAUAUCGCCGAAACACUAGAAACAUAUACUAAAAAAUAUUAUUAUAACAUUAAACUUAAGAUAGAGGUUAAAUCUAAUAUUCCGACUAUUACCGACGGAAAUACGCCAAAAAAUACAUUAUUAACAGAAAGGACAGCAUUUGUUGAUGUUUUCGAUAACCUAGAAAAUUAG